GACUGGGUCCUUCGUCAACGUGGGAGACGCGAAAAUGUGAAGUUGUUUUGAACCGGUCUAGAAUUCGUGUUAGUGAGAAAUGUAUGUCCAUUCGUGUUGUAAGUUAAAACUCCAGCACUGUAAGGAUAUCUGAACCCGUCUUACCAUGAUGCCAGGGGACAGCCAGGCUAAAACGGUGGCAAUCGCCGCAGACGCAACUAUUGGAAACUGUCAAAACUGCUCUGUUUUGCACCAGAGUCUCAGUGAGUAUGUUUCCUCGUUUCUGGCCUUGAAACAGAAAAUAACUGCUUCAGAUGAGACAAUCAGGCAUCAACAGCAGCUGGAAGAGCUGCAGAUCAGAUUGCUUUCUCUGGAGAAAAAGACAGCAGAUUAUGAAUCUGUGCAAGCUGAACUGGAGGAAAAGAAGGCUGCACUGAAGGCCUGUGGACAGAUAUCUGACGAGAUGGCAAAAUUAAAGCAGGAAAACAGCAAGAUAAUCGCAGAGAAUAAGAAGCUUCAAGACCAGAUAAAUGAUGUGAACGAGCUGAUGGAAACACAGUCACUGGAAAACGCACAGCUGAAGAGGGAGAAGGCUGUAGUAGAGAAUGAUUUGCUGGAAGCACAGACAUCUCUGAUGAAAUCUCAGGCACAGGCUGAUCAAAUUAAACAACUGAUGGAGGAGAAGGCCAAGACAACGAGCAUAAGGGAACACCUUGAAAAUAAAGUUCAGCAAUUUGGAGACUCGAUGUGCAAACAAAACCAUAAAAUAACUCAGCUGACCAAAGAGAAGAUCCUGCUAGAGAGAAACAUCGCUGACCUCCAGGCAAGACUGAUGAAACUGGAGAGAGAGAGGAGUAAAGAUUACAGAAGCACAUCAACUCAAGCAACUGUACCUGAGGAGCACAAAGUUGACAAAGUAAUCUUCCGGUCACUGUUGGAGAAUUUGUGGGCCUGUGUUGAGCCUCAGCAGCACACUGCAAAGCUGCUGUACUUACCUGGAUCCUGUUCCAAGCAAGUCCCGCUCCCUUCCCCGCCAAAAAGACUCCAGUGUGAUUUGAGCAACAGGUCUCAGUCUCCUCACAAGAUCAGUGAACCCCACAGCUACCCCAUGCACACUAAUGCACCUUUUGCACAGUUAAAACACUCUCCUAGUCGACAAAGAGCAGCCGGAAAACAGACGAGUCUGCAGACAACAAGGUCCAAGAAGAAAACAGCCACGCCAAAAAAGAGCAAGCUGUUAUUAGAGGAACCUAAAACUGAAGAAGCAUCCAGAGUCUCAGGGAGCCCUGAACUAUCUGUGGAGGAGAUAGUGAGACUUUUCAAACCACUGCUGCCCUGCAUAUCACCAGUACCAGAGUUGGGCUCAGAGAUGGAAUCGUUGGAGACUGAAGAUGGAGAAAAGACAAACAUCUCAAAAAACUCUGAUCCUCUUCAACAAAAGAAGUCCUCACUCCUUACAACAUCAGUCUCAAGCUGCUCGCCAAAAGCCUCCGCCAAACUGACUGAGGACAGUAUGGACUUGCCAGUGGUCAGGACACAGGAAGCAGAUCACAUUUCGAGUGAAAAUAACACCACAGACUUGGAGCAAAAUGACAUUGAUAGCAUUAUUGCCAUGAAGGAAGAAGAAAUGCAGGUUGAUACAGGCAUGCAGAUUGAGCAGGAGGCAACCUCUGAGCAGUUUGUGUCAGCAUCAACAUCAUGUGAUUCUUUCACACCAGGCAGUGUUGAUGUUGUGUUGCAAAAUACUGACGGGCAUAAACCAUCCUGUGGCGUGAAUUCCGACAGCAGAGGUUUCAAAAGCACCUCUGAUGCAAAGGAUUACCUAUCGGAGGGGAUUACAAAGAUGGACGUAGACACAAACCUGAGUGAUGAAAUGAUUGCGAAAGCAGGGACUUCUAACAGUGGAGAGUCGCCCAGAAGAGCUGAUAUAACUUUAAACUUAGAGCAAGCAGGAGAUGUAGAGCUAGGUGAUGCUUCAGCUACUUCCUUGGCAUCCAUAGACUCUGAUGGUGACACUGAGGUUAAAAAUACAGAUAAUAAUGCAGAAAUAGGACAAGUUCAUCAGGACUCUUGUGGUUUGGAAGUGAGCCAACAAUGUGCCGAACCUAAAGAGAGAAAAGAGCGUCUUGCUGAGGACACAGAUGCUGAGAAAACAUGUCUGUCGAGCAGCAGUGACUCUAAUAAACAUAGAGAAGAGAAGCUUGAGAAUGAUGCACCCAUAAAACUCCAACAGGAGGAAGAUGAGAAUGAAGUGCAUGGAAAGCAGGAGGAAGGAGUUAAUGUAACAGCUUCCACCUCCCUGUCAAAUGGUGAUAAUAAACGUAUGACUCCUGCUAAGUCUUCACCGUUAAGGAUGGAAAAUUGCACGUCCCAUCAGGAACCUGGUCAAGCCAAUUCUGACACUCCUUCAAAGAAGAAUGCGAACAUACAGAUACUGAACUCUGAACUAGCAGAUCAUGGACUUUCUCUUUCUGAUCCCCAAGAGACAAAGACUGUUAACUGUGAGUCUGUGCAAGAAAAAACACAUUCACUCUGCAGAGCGUUGAGUCCUUCGUGCCUGUUUCCCACAGUUAAAUUGCACACUUUGGAAACUUCCCCAAACCAAGAAGAAUUGGAUGAAGGUGUGAACAUUGAACACAUUUCAGCAAGCAAGAAAACUUUAGAGCCUGAGUCCAAUAAAGAGAGGGAAAGUGCAGUUAAAAACGGCAAUGCAAAAGACUUGCAUGAAGACAGCACUGACGCAAGUAUCCUUAAAGUUGGUGAAUGUAAAUUGGACACUGUCAGUCCUACUGCCUCAUUGAAGCAAAAUGCUAGUGCCAAGAAAGGACAGAAUAAAAGUUUGGAAUCCAAAGAGGUGUCUGGUCCAGAUGCAGGUUCAGUUACAACUCACCAACCUGAAUGCUUAGGACAACUUCUCACUGAAAUGGGCCCUCCUCUUCCUCCUGUCCUGACCCCUGUGAGCACCCCUCCAAAGGCAGGCAAGUCAAUCAACCCAAGGCAGGCUAUUGGAAAACUUCUGUUCCCCUCACCGUUGGAGAGAUUGGCUUCACCCACCACUCCUGUCCAGCAGAGUACCUCAUCUCUAAACAGUCCAAUUAGAGUCCCUUCCUCACCACUUCAGUUUGGCUCUGCCACCCCAAAACAUGCCGUGCCAGUCCCAGGCCGCCUCGCCAGGACAGCAACGGCUUCUUCCUCGCCGCCUUCCACCAGUCCAUCUCAGGAAAACUCUAUGAGGAUCCUUGACACCAUGUACCCAGAGCUCUCUGCCCACGCACGCACUCUGAGCAUCCUCAGAGGCAACGUCAGUCUCAGCUGUUCAUCAGAUAAUGGAUCUUUACCUUCAAUGACAGCGAGUCAGAUGUCUGGAUUUAAAACCAUUACUUCCAGUCCAACUGCCUUCACCAAGACCGAGGCGAGAGGAGAAAAACGACAGGCCGAUAAUUUACCUCAACCAAACAACAGGAAAUGUCUCCGGUUAGAAAACAGUCCUCCUACUGUCAGCCGCAAGCAGGUGCUUUCCUUAUCCUCCAACAGUGGAGAGGAGACCAUCUCAUCUCAGAACCUUGAACUCAAACAGCUUCGAAAUGAAACAUCCUCUCUAUCUAUGGACGUAAAACCAACAAAGCAAAAUGUAAUAGAUGACUAUUUAAAGAAAAUUGAAACCAGCUGUUUUGAUCUGCUGCCUGUGAUCCGGAGCCACUUGUUUGUUGGAAAUUUACCCAAGAAGCCUGUUUUGACUGAUGAGGAGAAGGAAGUCAUUUCUGAGGUCUGCCAAAGCCGCCUGUUAGAGGCAGACGAUAUGGUUUUGGCGAUCCUGGAAAAACUAAAGGCAGAAAGUAAAGGUCUCAGCUCAAACUACAUGCAGGCCCUCUGCAGAGUCCACACAGGGAUCUGUAGACAGAAGAGGGACUGGGAGAAGGCUCACAUCCUGGCUUACAGCAUUCUCACAGAAGAUUUUCCAGAUGCUGCUAAGCUGAUUUUGUUCAUGGUGACAACGUGGCCCACUGUUCUCUCACACAGCAGUUCUCUGUGCCAGGCAAUACAUGCUGUCACCAAAGUGAAAGCACAAGAAAACCUCCACAGCUGCCUGUCUGUAUUCCUCAGUUGGGAGAAGAGUCCUCCCUGUGAUAUCGACAAGCUGAUCUCCAGAACACUGUCUGAUAUCCGGUCAGGAUCAGGCCUGUCCUUCACCGAACACAGUCGACAUGGGAAAGACCUGGCGACUGAGGCUUGGCAGCAAGUCUUCACCCUGCACCUCCUUUGUGCACACAAGAAGUGGAAGUGGACGUAUGAAAAUGUGUUAGGCAAUGAGCUGUGGCCUUUGAUGAACACUUGGGUGACACAGCCCAGAGAUCAACAAGGCCCUGUAUCUGAUGUGACUGUCAGUACUGUACUCCGACUCAUAGGACGCCUCAGUCACCUGGGAAUCAAAGAGAAGAAUACUUCAUCUGUUGUAACUGUCGCCAACGUCAUCAACACGUUUGGAAGGCAUGGACACACUGAAGGUGUGCCAUGGGAGGUCCAAUUAGCAGCCAUCUACUGCAUUUACGACCUUUCUCCUGUCAGCCCCAAACAGGCACUGGAAGCUCUUGCAGGCUGGAGAGGAGAUACAUCUCAGAGGGUCCCACCUGCUGUGACGAGCUGCAUUAACCAGUUAGCCUCUGUCUGCAGACUGAUAAAGAACUGAGAGCAGGAGGACUGCAAAUCUCAUCAUGCACCUUUAUUUAUUUCUACCUGCGCCCUGGUAGCCUGUUGUUACAUUUCGGCACAUGAAGGGUCACAAAGAGGUUUGGUGUUGUCUCUGACACAGGUUGUCUGGAGGUUCAGUAAAAGUUUUAAACUUAAAUAUAUCAUCAAAGACUGUU